ACACACACACAUGUCCGCUAAGGAGACACUGAGCUGUCGGUCUGCAGUCCUGCUCAGUGAAGGAUCCCAAACUCCAAACAGUUAAAAGAAAGAGAGGUGAACCAUGUCCUCUUGUGAGGUGAAAUCCAGAGGAAAAAACCCGUACACGGCAGUUCAGGUGGACCCAGACAGCGAUUAUAUCACACCAGGAACAUUAGACCUGGAACAGCUGUUCUGGACGGGCACUGGUGCUCAAUACGCACACGUCAACCAAGUGUGGCCUGGUGUUUUCAUCGGGGAUGAGAAGACGGCUCUGGAGCGGCCUGGCCUGAGGGAUUUGGGUAUUACACAUGUCCUGAAUGCAGCGGAGGGGAAGUGGAAUAAUGUGCUGACUGGUGCUGAUUAUUACGCCGACAUGGACAUCCAGUACUAUGGUGUUGAAGCUGAUGACAAACCCACCUUCAACAUCUCCCAGUACUUCUGCUCUGCAACCCAGUUCAUCCACGAGGCCCUCAGUCACCCACAGAACAAGGUGCUGGUUCACUGUGUGAUGGGUCGCAGCAGGUCGGCGUCCCUGGUUUUGGCAUACCUGAUGAUGAAACACAACUUGACUGUGGUGGAUGCUAUUGAGCACGUGCGACAGCGCCGUUGCAUCCUGCCCAAUCACGGCUUCCUAAAACAACUCAGAGCUCUGGACAUCGCACUGCAAGAGGAGAAACUGCGACAAAAAAGACAGACUCAAGAUAUAAAUAAUGUACAAUAGAUACAUAACUUAUGAGCGUUGCUUUUACUUACUUUUCAUUUCAUCUCAGGUAUACAAGUGUUAUUAAAAAUGUUCUAACUGUUGUAUAAUCAAAAUGUUUAUUCAUAAAUAUGCCAGGUCUGACUUUUUAAAGACACUGUUAGUGAACAACAAAUCUCAUUGUGUUCAUGAAGUGAAGGAUGAGAUCUUUUGCAUUUAUUGCCUCAUCUAGAUUAGGGAAUGAGAGAAAUGUUAAAGCCAAUUCAAAUAUUGAUCUGAAUGAACUGAUCAUGUCUAGACUGGAUGAAGCAAUGUCUCAUCUCUGCUUCAGUUUCCAGCAGCAAAGUUGUGUCUGGUUCAUUUGUAGAAGGAAAAAAAAGUGAUAUUGACCAAACUGUGGUUUAACACGCUGAUGUUUCCUCAGAUCUGCCUCCAAACUGCAUCGUCUUACAUCUAAAAACCAAAUAGUCAUUUCAGACCAGCAAGAAAUGACCCUUCUUAACAUGCAGAUUAUACAUUAUUACGAAAGCUGAACAGUGGAUUUGUAUGACAUUUUAAAAAUCAUACUUUUAUGCUUUAUUGAUGUCUUACUGUCUGACUUAGCAAAGAGAUGAUUACACUAAUAGUAUGUAUCAUCACUUUCAAUCAUCCAAAGACUUUUAAAAAGUAGAUUUCAGUAUGCAUAAAAUCUGCAAAUUGUAUGUAUACUGUGAGUGUAUUAACUGUUGGCAGAAUGCAUUUUUUUUUUAGAGCUGCAGCCUUUGACCUUACUUGUGUUAUUAUCUUACACUUUUGGGAGAUCUACUGUAUUAUAUAGAGUCAUAAAUGAUUAAGUGAAUUUUGAUCAGGCAUCUAUGUAAUAAUAAAGGAAAGGCCAGUCAAGUUGCAGUUUACAUCCAUGUCUGUCCAGACUCAUAACAUUUGAAGUGAAA